AAAAUGAUGAUGAUGUUAGUUAACAAAUAGGUGGAUAAAGCUUUACGACUAGACCUUUUUAAUCGGGCGGUGGCUUUCGCCACCUACCCGAAGCUUUUUUUUCAUAGACUUUUGCAGCGUCCCCUAUAUUUUCCGGUACUUGAUAAAGUGAUGAGAACAACGAAUGCGGACCAGCUGGCGAAGGAGAUCACCGAGGCUGGAGGGGGUGCGUGCAUCACAGCGCGAUCACAAGACCGCUGGUUUGAGUCGCCGCAGGCUGCCGUCGAUGGUGAGCUGCGCGCUCUGCCGCGACGACGGGUCUUCCUGAAGCGAUCGGCGUUCACCUGCGACCAUGGAGGCCGACCUAGAACUCGCGGACUACUGGACGAGCCCCAAAGUGGUGGGGUGCUAGUCUGGGCGGUGCCCUGCUACAGCCUGGUGCUCAUGGUCAUGGUGUGGCGCGGCGUGUCGCGGGUGCGCCUGUUUGGCGACCUCUGGACCUGGACCCGGCUGUGCUCGUGCAUCGGGGCGGUGCUCUUUGCCGUGUCGGACGCCAUGUUGGCCCUGGACGCCUUCUACCUGAGUGCGUCCCCGGCCUACGCUCGACAUGCCGUCAUGUUCACCUACUACGCGGCGCAGCUGGGCAUUGCCCUGUCGGUGGUCGACAGCCGCACCAUGGCGGCGCUGAGCGUCGCCAGUGAGGCGCCCUGCCGCCCCGCCACGUGCUGCCCUGGUGCGCGAACCCCGGCGCCGCGGCUCGGACAGUAGGGGCUCGCUCACCCCUGGCAAAAAGACUUGCCGGCAUGCUGUUGUUCCUCUCUGUGUCGGCAAACCAAGAGCCUCUGCUAGUGUGCGAGAGUGGAAGCGCUUGCAGCAACGGCGCCGAGACCAAAUGUCCUCCCAAAGACUGCCGUCGACCUCGACGGCGCGCAUCGAGGCCACACCGAUCAGUAUUGGGUUUGGGGAUACGUUACCUUUGCAAAGGCACUUCCGUUCGGACAUGUGCCCAUGUACGGCCACGUAAGGAACUCCGUGUAAGUUCCUCGUAUGGAUGUAGACGUCCAUAGAAGGAACACAGUCUUUUAAACUGAACCUUUUGAGAAACGACACUCCUUCGGCUUGUUCUUGCCGUGCAUCCACGACGAGGCCAGCUUCCUUCGGACGACAAUAUUUUGCGGCAAGGGGUCCUUUCCAGUCCAAUAGACCAACAAGUUUGGGUGACAUACAACAGAGGGGCGUGCUAUAAAGAGCUGUAAGGGCAUCCUCCACAGACCUAUGAAGUAGGUAAAGCUGCAAUAGAAUGUGACUAACAGUAAAUUAGUCAGGAACAGGUUAAGAGUUCGGGAAAAGCUCCUCCCACCUCUUUCCACUUUAACGGAGCGAACGCUGAACAGGUCGCCUCUCUCCUAAAGUGGGAGGAGCUUCCCCCAAAUUUUCAACCUGUCACCGGUUAUAGUUAAUCUUCCUCAGUUAGUUAUUUUUCUAGACACUUGACAUCCAAAUUGCAUGCGGUAGCUUGUUUGCGCAGUGUCUUCAUUUUGUUCGGAAGCACCAUAUAUUUGUGUCUUGAGACAAACAGUUCUGCAUCACUUAGGAUGGCUUGCCUUUCCAUAGGACUAGCUUAUUGCCAGACUAUUUUUGUUCCAUUGAAUGGAAUGAAGUGCAUCAGUGUAGUGAUUGGCACUAAUGCACUCUGAAAAUUGCAAUGUUUUAUCUGUGGUCCGCUGGUGAGGUCUAUCCAUUUGUUAUAAAGGCCUCGAAAUGUAUCGUAAGCUGUGCGAAGGAAUGAAACGGGAUCGAACCGCCGUCUUUCUUCUCCGCCAUGCGAAACGGGUCAGGAGUCGCAGCAGCCAUCAGAUAUCUCGAAGGCAACUAGGUACAUCUGGGAACUGGUUCCUCUAUUUGUGAAUUGCUCUAAAAGCGACGACAAAAACUGCACAUAUUAUAGAUGCUUUUCAGCAGGUGGUCAUGGGCGCAGCCACAACUGACUUUUAACACUUUUUCUUUCAUUCAUGCAAUGCUCUUGUCCCUAUUGUAGGUUUUUGUGUGAACUCGUUAUUACCCAUUUUACAAGGCUGGGCAUCUCAAUGAGGCAACAGAAGGUCCAAUUACGGCAUCCUAAAUCUGGCGAGCAGGAAAAAGGGUCUCUAUGAGCAAUCAUCACACGGUACCCACUACAAACUCGCGAUGGGGGAAUCGAUAUCACAGUUUGCGAACAUGGCGAACUCUCAUUCCUUGGUAUUGUUACUUUGUUUCAAAAAUAUUUGCCUGCGUGAUUUUAUUAACAGAUGGCAAUGUAAGGUUCAAUGUAUAUCUAAUGAUCACAAUCACUAGCUACUAGCGUUAUAGUUGUGUCAGCAGCCCGCAAGUGAGCACUGCUCUUUUGGGGUGGCAGUUCAUGCCAUCUGGCCGACAGCUGUGGUGAAAGGAACGCAGGCCACAUGUUGGCUGGGUAAUGCAAACUUGCUGCCCAAUACAGUGGGUCUUGCAAUCAGAUGCACCUUUUCAUUUGCAUAGUGCCACCAGUUUUCAUAUCUGUAUAACAAUUUUUAAAAGUUUAUAUUUCCUCAUAUAACCAACCACAAGGGGCUCAAGUAUAGAAUGGCAAAAAAUGGAUCUCAGAAAUUCAAUUUUGGCAGUUCUUUGUCUCGUAAAGGUUUAUUGCUAUGCUGAAAUCAGCUCGGGGGCAGCUGAAGUCACUCCCACUGGACAAUGCAUGAAUUUGAAGGGGUGGGUAAUGUUUCCGUUUUUCCCCUCGAGUAACUACCUGUAAUUGCCUGUAUUUUAUAAGAGAAACUUUUACAGCUCUGCCCCACGACACAAACUAUCAUGCUCAAAGGUCACAGCAGCUUCCAGAGUAGCUAGACUGGCAUUCUGCUGUUCUUAAACUCCUGCCCAUACGAUCCCCUUCACAAAAGCUUGCAAGACUCCCCUCGGAAAAAAAGCAAAUUGCAUAUGUUAAACGGAAAUAUUCAGGGGUGAGCCUGAAGUGCACCACCAGAAGGCAAGUUUUCUUCCUUUUGAUGGGAACAAAUUCCUGCUUGACAACCCCUGGAGAAGAUGAUUGCAUCACCUUUCUAACUUGCAUGAUCGAGCAAUAUUAUGCCGGACUUUUAAUCUCAAUACUCGUAUAACACAUUGCACAUGAAAAUCACCACAUGCAAGAGCCAGUGGGUAACAUGUGCCAAUAGGCAUUCUCUAUUGUCCCUCCAUGAUAAGAUGUUUUCCCUUUCGUCUUUCAUCUGAGCAAGCCAGCCAAACCACAUAUCAUCCGAGCACAUUUGAUCCAAGCUCUACUAUCCAAACAUCAUUUCGUCGUACAUCUUUCAACGAGCUUAAUAGCAUGCAUAGUGGCUCCCAGUAUCAUUCCUGACGACAGCUCGGUUUCUCAUUUUACCCCUUAUAUUAUCCCUCCUUUGACGUUGGCAAGGAACGUAAUCGCAACGCUUGUUCAGGGCACAUAACGAACCUGAGCUCUAGUUACUCUCCCCAUUGUGCAGCGUAAUCUAAUCAGAAAAGCCUUGGUCCAGAUAGAAGCGAACUGCAGCAGUGAUUUCAACUGCAACCUUGGCUACAUAAAUGCGCCAGAAGGGUGGAGAGCAGCCUCCACAGAAGUAGCAAGCUUUCACCAAGCAACCAAUAACUGGUUUGAAUCGCACAGCUCAAACAUGCACUAAAGGACGUGUGGAAUGUAUGGAACUCCUUUGCGGAGGCAAACUGCAUUUGCACGCAGUGGAACGCUAGUUUGACGUCGUUGAAAGUUUGUUCACUCCGCUUGAAAUCAAGAACCUUUUUUCUAAAUUAAACAAUAAAUUGUAUAAAUCCUUUAAUUUGCCAGCCCACUAAAGCAACAUGCCGUGAAGCCUUGGUACAGCGGUCGACGUUUCACCAGAAGACAUGGUAAUGUCUCGGUAAAAUGUUUGCCUUUAUUGCAAAGCUUUCCAGAAGUCUCCUUUAAGAGCACGCCUCGAGGAACCUUGAGGAAAGGUUCUACGGAGCCCAUGAACGACAAGCCUCUCAAGCUGUGCUGGAGUUGCAAUGAGGAGUCCUGAGUGCAUGUUGCCGUCUUAAGUUUUCUCUCUACAUUAGAUUACAUCUCGCGAGACCUUGUUCACAAAAUGUUUAGUCUUUUAUUGUAAAAUAAACCUUAUAUUGUGUGCCUUGGAA